AGGAGACUUUCAACCGUUAAUUUGUUGACUUGGGUUGAAGGCUUCGACCGCCUAGUAUUUCUGUAAUAGGGUCUCGCAAUUAGCAGACGACGAUUAACGACAACUUCAGCUGCUCCCCAGUUGAGAUACGACCAAUAAUAUCAACGGCCAUUUGACGAGCACAUCCAACUGAAACUUGUACCGACGAGACGGUAAAGCCUCCACCCUCCGAACCCUGAAGCACGAUACUAGUACUUCACCUGUCAGCAUUAACAUAAUACAAUAUUUCAGCGAAACCUCAGUAAACAUGAUGCAGCCUGGAGCAAAACGUGAUCGUAUGCCGUUCUUGGCGACCGAAUCUUUGCAAUCUGCGUUGUUUCAAUCACCGGAGCAAGGCUCUAUUGCUCCGUGGCUUGAAGAUGCCUCUUCUGAUAGUAUUCCCUCCACACCCCCCCCUCAGUUGCUGUCGCCUCAACCUCUCACCCCAAAGCCAACGAGAUUUGUUUCACCCCCCCGCACUCCGCUACCCAAACUUUUCACCAACCUCACUCCGCGAGCCAUUCGCCAAUGGGAGGCAACUGAGGGAGCCGGGAAUACUGCUGCAUCCAUCGGCCGUCCAAAUUCUGCUUGCUCCAACUAUUCUUCAUCUUCGGAUUCAUCGCUUGAUAGCUUGACUACCUUUACCACAGCGGGAGGAAGUUGCACUAGUCCUGAAACUGAGGCUUCCUUCUUCGCCGAUGAGCCGGAGGGAGAGACUACCCACCUUAAGCCUACCGAUGCCGUAAGAUGGAGUAGCAAGAUACAAGAUGGAACCGGAGAGAAGGACAGUGCAAACCAGAUCCGUGUUCGGAAAACCAAAUGGACCGAGGAGAUGGACAACCAUUUGUGGAGGACAUAUAUAAUAUACCAACAGGAUCCUAAGAUAACGCCAUUUUAUGUCUUGCCGGGGCAAGUCCCACCUUUGGGAGUAUGUUGUAAAGUCGCCAGGGAGACAAAAAGGAGUUGGAAAGAGGCCAAGAUGGGUGAUGGAUGGAAAGGUGUACCGAGCACCCCGAGGCCCAAGAGAAAAUCAAGGGUUUCGGGUUAUAAGACGGAGAGUAAUGAUACUGCGGCCGGGAAUAGGGGAGACAUCUUGCGAAAGACUUCGCCGUAUUCGUGGCCUGCAUCCGAGGCCUCGACUCGUCGUCGUUUGAGAGAGUUGUGUAGAGGCAGCUAUGGUCCUUCGGUAAAUCCUCACCGAGAGUAUCGGCAACAGCGUCGAACAGCGUCCACACCGAGACUCCUUCCCCCUCGGUCAUCAACGGUAUCACCUUCCCCACUCAAUUCAGCCAAAUCAGAUAGAAUCGGGUCUCGGGAUUCCUUUUUGUUCUCGACAAGGAGUAUAGCACUUUCUUUGACAACUAGUACGGCGUCCACCAUGAAUUCGAAUGGGCUUUUGGCUGCUAUUGCCUCUGGUUAUGAUGUUGAACCCGGGAUGGCCGCGGGCUUCGGGAGUGGCAACUUUGAUUUCGGUAGAGUUCCAGAAAGUGUUUCUGGCGUAAAUAGGUGUAGUAGCAGUGUUUUCAGAGGAGGCGAGGAGUCUCAAUUGCAACAUACCGGAGACGAGACGGAACAGGGUAGCCGGGUCAGACAAGAGACCAGUAAUGGUCCUUCUAGCUCGUCGAGUAGCAGGCCCUCGAGGUCAGGGGGUUUGUUGCCGCCGCUGGAGCUGAAGUCGUCUUCCUCCUCAUAUGGCACCUGGCCAAGACGCCUCAAGCGUCAGGAGAUACUCCCCGACUUCAGUGAGGACGCGGUUGUUUUCCCUCCGCCCCGCAGAGCUCGCAGGGGAACAAUUGGUGACCUCUUUGGUAAUCCCAUCUCCUCUCCCCCAACCACUACCCCGACAUCAUCAAAUGCAGGCACAAUGUCUACGGCAACAAACACAACAGCUCGCAGCGCACGUAGUCGAGGGUUCACUAUCGGAGCCAGUUUCGGUAGUGGUCUGACCAGCCGGAGAAGGUAUCGGCCAUCAGCACCUCUGCUGACAGUCACUGGCCCGGUGUCUUAUGACUCGCCAAACGACUCUGAGAUGUUGAGCCCUCUGGCAGCCCGGCACUCAUCGUUGGACACCUUUAAGAAUGACGAUCCGUUCGAGCUUCCGAAACGCCUUGGUUCCCCAUUCCUCGAACGUAAGGACUGGAAGGGGGGGGAGGCAGAAGGCUCAAAGGAGAAGUCUGGACUUGAUAGUCCUCUCGAUGGCGAGUUUGGGGAUUUCCUUGGACCCCAGAGUGACGUUGGGAUAAUAACAGGGGGGAGCACUCCCACCAGACCCAUCAAAAGGGCACGCGAGUAGAUGGGUUGGAGUUUGAUCCGUUCCUCUCGGGUUGACAGAGUUUGUGUCUAUGCACCCUGGCCCCGUUUGGAUGCACACGCAUGAGUUGGUGGACACUCUGGCUGCCGGCUAGCCUACAACUCGACCACUUGGUUCGAGGCAAUCUUUAUUAGUUUAUUCCAUUCCAUUUUCACAUAAUCUCUUUCUCCCUUCAUCUCCUUACUUACCUUUCGAUCUCUCUCAUUAUAUAGUUUCCUGCUGUUUCCACUCUUUUCCCUCUCAUCUCUUUCCCUUGAUUGUUUUCCCGUCUCCGUAACGAUUAUGCCGAUAUGUUUGAUGUUUUCCGGGAACUCGUUCGUUUCUUCCAUACGAAUCCCAUCAUGAUUCUCAAAAAUAUUUCCUGUAAUUGCUCGAGUUAGUUCUUGUGCCCUACCGUAGGAAAUUUAUGAACAUAGUAUUAUCA